AUGAACCGCGGACAGAACAGCUACGACAGCAUGGGCCCCAGAGCUGCUCGCCUUAUGUAUUAUGUAUGGGCGAACAACCACAUGGAUCAAACGUCAACGGCAACGUCAACGUCAGGAAGUGCCCACCGCGCAGAGUUAACAUUGUUCCCGGUGGCCCACCAACCAUGUUCGGCGCCGCCAGCUAGCCAGCGCCAGCGCCAGCGCCAGCCAGUCGUGUCGCCUCCCGUCAGCAAGCAAGCCCCGUCCCCGCUCUGGCCCGUCCUGGCAGCCGCACACACCCACACACCUCACCCACACCUCACAACCCGAGCUCCUGGAACUCCAUCUUCCAGCCUCAGUCCGAUCCUCCGACCUCCAACCUCCAACGCCCUACAAGUCCGACGUUACCUUAUCUGCAAUUCCAAUAGUCAUCGUUAUUUGAUCCCAUAUCCUCCUCAAUUCACCGCGCGCCCUUCUUCCGUCACCAUACAUCGAUUGAAUAGCCUCCAGCUUUCACUGUCCCGUCGCUCCCUCUGCCCAAAUUUCCGCGAACACCGCCGUCCUUUUCGUGAUAUCCCUCUUGGAUUCCCUCACACGCUGGCAGACCACAAAGAGUCGAGGACACAGUUACGAGAGCAUAACGGUACGGGCUAUUUGCAAUCUCCAACGAGCUCUAUACAUCCUAUGCGAAAUAUUCCCAUCCAGGCUUUCUCCGCUGCGUUCACAGACCGCAUCGAACGAACUGGGCCCAAACCUUCCUGCGUCAUUCCCUCAUUCCCCUCCACGCCACAGAAACACACAUAA